AUGACGUCUGAAAUACGAGAACGCCUUAAAAGAAUAAUGGAGCGUACUUCUCGGGAUUUAAAGGAGUUAGAAAAUAAAAAACAGUUGCAAAACCAAAGCUCACAAAUUACUCGUAAUAAAAAUACACAUUAUGCAGGUGAUGGUUAUAAAGAAAACAGCUUGCGCACGCCUUCAACAAUAAAUGCGCGUGCAAGUCAUUCAGUUCCAACUAAGUUGUUAGAAAAUAUGAGUAUGAUGAGGUCACCGUUAAUUCCUGAAGUUGUUGAGCACAAUUUACCGGAGCAAUCGGUUGCUACAAUGACAUGUGUAACACCGUCUACUUUUGACCAAAAUACUUCAAAUUCAUGUAACAAAUUUGCUCAUGAAAAUGCUCGUCAACAGUAUGAAGCUUCAAAUGUUAGUAGGACACCUUGCACUUCCAACGAGAAAUUGACGCCUCAAGCUCCUAAGCAAGAUAUGCUAUCGAAAUCAGAUUCUUCAGAUGCUAAUAAAUCUUGCACUUCCACUCAAAGUAAUGCGAGACUGAAAAGUUCUAAUAAUAGUAGUAUUUCAAGGCCUGUUAUCACCACAUCUCAAUGUCCUAAGGAAGUUGAAAAAGUCCAAGACUCCACUGCGAAAAGCAAUAUUAUGGAUAUCAAAUCAACAGAAAGAGAUAUGCUGAGACGACGGGCUAGUGUUCAUGUGCGUAUAAUGGAGCAGCCAGGAAGCUCACGUAAAGAGGUUACAGUUAAACAACAUCCGCGUUCACAUUCCUCUUCAUCAUUCUCCCAUGAUCGUUGCAUUAUUGUACGAAAUCGUUCAUAUCCAAUCAUCGAUUUAUUGGGUAGAGGAGGUUCGAGCAAGGUUUACCAAGUACUAGAUCGAAAGUACAAACGACUACUUGCAAUAAAGUGUGUUGAUUUAUUGGAGGCGGACAAUGAUGUACGCAAUGCUUAUAUAAACGAAAUUAAGUUGCUUAAAAGUUUAAGCGAUUCUGGUUGCGUUGUGGAAAUGCUUGACUUUGAGCUACGUGGUAACGUUCUGUAUGUAGUUAUGGAAAAAGGUGACACUGAUUUGGCAACGUUUUUGAAGACUAGGAGGAGUCAAAUCGAUGAUUUAUUCAUUAGAUUCUAUUGGAGUGAAAUGUUAAAAUGCGUGCGUACCAUACAUGAAAAAGGGAUUGUGCAUUCGGAUUUGAAACCAGCUAAUUUCCUCCUAGUUGGCGGAAAUUUGAAAUUAAUUGAUUUUGGGAUCGCAUCAGCCAUUCCAACGAAUAAAACAUCAGUGAUAAAGGACACACAGAUGGGAACACUAUCUUAUAUGCCACCAGAAGCAAUCGCUUCCAGUUCUUCUUCGGAGAGCGGGAACGAAAAAUAUAGAGUUCGUAAAAAGGCUGAUGUGUGGGCGUUAGGAUGUAUAUUGUUUAACAUGGUUUAUGGAUUCACCCCUUACCAAAUGUGGACUAAUCCAGCUCAGAAAAUGCAUGCCAUUUUACAUAAGCCUAUUGUUUUUGGUGAGAUCGAAGAUACUGAUCUGUUAGAUGUGCUGAAGCGAUGCUUAGAACGCAAUCCCGACCAACGAGCAACUGUUGAGGAGUUACAAAAUCAUCCGUAUUUGACAAGGAAAUUGCAUGAAGAUAAUGAUGAGUUCCCACAAAAUGAUAGCUAUUUUGUCGAAAUGGCGGAGGAUUUGAGGAACUGUACACCACGAACUUCAUCACGGAAGCUCCGCCAGUUGAUACUGCAUAGCGGCGCUGUAUCCAAAAAAAUUGAUAAAUGA